ACGUUCAAUGGAAAUGAAGCACGAGGACGUAACCCCGAGCCAAUCAAGCCUCUUCUUAGAAGUGUCCAGCAUCGAUGGAACUGCAGUUCUUCCGCUUCACUCCUCCAUCGUCCUCUUCCUCCUGUCCUACACAGAAUGUACGUCAUUCCAGGUCCACCUGGUCUCUGAUCACCCUGGCAGUCUAACUGCUUUGGCGGGUUUGCUGCCGAAAAACCUGAAUCUGUCCGAGGUGAUGAGAGAAGCCGCUCCGGCUUUGGUAGCGGCGUGUCGUCUACCUGCGGUGCUGGAGUCAGACGGCCGUUUCUGCAGAGCGGGUCUGGCUGUGGUGCUCAGACACGUCAUCCAGACGACCCUCCGUCUGGAGCCCCAACGCAAAGAUGUUGCAUCGCUUCUGGGCUUCAAGAACACCUGCCUGAAGGCCUGUGCUGAGGUGAGCAGGUGGACCAGAUUGUGUGAGCUGGACAUCCCCUCAGCGGUUGAGGAGCACCUCCGUGAUCCAGAAGCAGCGCACCACCAUCUACCCGCCGCUCUCCUGCAGCUCGAUCGUCGCCUGGCCGAGCCAGUGAAGGUGCACAACGAUGACAAACUGCGCCGCAACAAACUGCAGCAGCAGCAAAAGAACUCGGGUAAACAGGAGGACGCCGGACCUGAACGAGGAGAGCAGAUCUUCUCAGGAGUGGAGAUGAGUGCCGCUCUGGCUAAACUGUCCGGGGACGGAGGGUCAGUCCAUUCCGCAAGCAGGGAGCGCUCUGAAAUAAGGAAAGUGAGGACCACGGAGCUGCCGGAGCUGGAGCACGUGUUCGCCGAGGGGCUUUACUUCACUCUCACUGACGUGGUGCUGCUGCCGUGCAUCCAUCAAUACCUGAGAUCUGUUCAGACUCAUGCUUCUCAUAUCCUGGUUCAUCUUCCUCUACUGCUGCGCUGGUACCAGCGUGUGCAGAAAUUCCCGGGGGUCCUCCGUGCAGCCGAGGAUUGUGGGAUUGUUCCGUUCACACCAAAGUCUCCGGAGUCCCUCUCUACUCAACCAGAAGCUUUUGAAAACCUUCAAGCAGAGCAAGAAAGUCCUGCUCCCUCUCAGGAGCACUUUGUGGGAGGCCCCAGACCCACGCUUAACAAACUUCAAGAACACGGCAUUGAUGCGGUUUUCUCUCCACACCCCUGCCCAACAUGGACCCUCGACUGGGAGAGCCUUCCAGCUGCUGUCAACCCCACUGAAGGUAAGAUGUCAGACUCGCGCGCCGUACGAAAGCGGCAGCAGCUGAACAAUCUGGUGGCCAUGGUGAAGGAGCUGGCAUGUCCCAAUCACACCAUAGUGGACUUCUGCAGCGGAGGGGGCCAUGUCGGAAUUGUUUUGGCUCACACACUUCCUCAGUGUCAGGUCAUCCUCAUAGAAAACAAAGAAGAAUCUUUAAUCAGAGCGAGUGCCAGAAGCUCACAGCUCGGACUGCAGAACAUCAGCUUCAUCCAGGCCAACCUCGACUACUUCAUCGGGUCUUUUCAUAUCGGGGUGGCUCUACACGCGUGUGGUGUGGCGACGGACAUGGUGCUGGAUCGCUGCGUUCAGGCCGGAGCAGGAUUCGUCAUCAGUCCCUGCUGUUACGGCUUCAUCCAGAACACGCUUAAAUUCAGCUUCCCCCGGAGUAAGAAAUUCUCGGAGACGUUGACGUAUAAGGAGCACAUGAUCCUGUGUAGAUUUGCCGAUCAGACAGCCGUACAGCUUCCCGCUGAGCGCCGCUUGAUAGGGAAACGCUGUAUGGGUUUGGUGGACCUGGACCGUAGCUGGGCUGCUGAGACUCACGGUUACUCAGUACAGGUGAUGACCAUGAAGCCGGAGAGCUGCACUCCCAAGAACAACAUGCUGGUCGGGGCUCCUGUAGAGAAAAACACCUGACAAGUUUGACACAGGACCUAGACUAGAGCCUUGAGGAACACCAUGUCAUUUGAAAUAUUUUUUUUCUGUUUUUUUUCUCUCAUAUUUGGAGACUUUAUUGUUAAGAGUAUUUGACUGUUAAAGACAUUUUUAAUAAAUUUGUAUUGUUGUUUAGUGGUGCGGUUGCUGAUUUUUUGUUUAAUGGAGCAAUCUGCUAAUGAACCUCCAGCACCACAGAACUAUUCAGACGUGUUAAAUAUUGAGCUUUACACACUUUUGCAUAUUAGAUCUUUUGAAUUGUAUAAUGAUGUGAUAAUAUUGUAGAUUCCUCCCAAAAACAUACCUUUAACAUAGUACCUCAACUGGAACCCUGAGGAAUACCAUAUGUAAUGUGGGUCACUGAGGACUGUUCUUUUAGACUGUGAUCUUGGGUAGAUGUGUAGAAGUGUCCAGUUGCAUCUUAAAUCAGUUGCAGGAUGGUUUAUCAGUGGGUAUAAAAAAAAUACCUGCCAGGAAGGAGCUGCACUUGUCCAGUCUGAAGAUGACGAGACUUAAUAAUCACCUGAGGGAAACAGCGUCCAUGUUAAAAUUAAACAUCCUGAAUGGCAUCUCGAGAUAUUCUGCUGGCACACCAGCGCAGGGAUUCUAACCUCUCUGAGUUCGAAUCUCAGCUCUGCUUUCUGAUUGGCUGGGCACCCCCUAGUAGACACAACUGGCCACUAGUCUGCUGGGUGGAAAAAGCCCAGACUAAAAAAUGGGGGUGGGGUCUUCAAUGCUGUAUAAGGACACUUAUUAGUAACCUGAGGCGUCUGUACAAAAGUGCAGGAACGUGAAGGUCAGUGUGUGACUCUCCAUGCACGAGACUGACCUCACAGGUGAAUUAGAAGGGGUCGUGGACUGCACACACAUCUGAGGAAGCGCGUGUCAUGCAAAUAUACUCUCCUCGGGCGCGAUCAGGGUCCCGUGCUGUGGAAAGCUAAUUGGCUACAAUAAAUUGGGAGAAAAAGAGAGAAAAUGAAUAAAUUUUUCAUUGUUUGAUGCUGCACUGUUACUAAAUAGCAGCUACUUUACAAGAGGUGAAAGCAGCACCCUCAAGGGGUAGAUACGCCCCCCACUUCAAAAGACCAGGCCUUUAAUUUAUUGUGGUUUAAUUAUUGAUUGAUAGCACAAUAAAAAUGUGGUGGUUAAAAUAAUGUAAUAAAUGUAACAUUUAUAAUCA